AUGCGAGUCCACCAUCUUCUCCUCCUGCCGGCCAUCCUCCGCUCCGCUGUGCUGGCAUAUACCCCCCUCUCGGAAAGCACAAUCCAAGGUCUCCCAUCCCCUGGAAAGGACUUCGAUAUCAAGGACGGCGCUCUGCUAUCACCCAUACUGAUACCACGUGUCCCCGGCACACCAGGCUCUGAGCAAGUCUUGCAGCAUUUCGUGGACUUCUUCUCCGAUACUCUGCCUGAUUGGAAACUUUCCUUCCAGAAUUCAUCCAGCACGACUCCAGUCUCCAAUGGCAAGGAAGUGCCGUUCCGGAACCUCAUCGCCACACGCGAUCCUCCCUGGGUUGAGAGAGAGGGAGAAGUAGGCCGACUAGUCCUGGUCGCUCAUUACGACUCCAAACUCACGCCCAAGGACUUCAUCGGCGCCACCGACUCUGCCGCUCCAUGUGCCAUGCUCAUGCAUGCUGCGAGGAGUAUUGACAAUGCACUGACCCAGAAGUGGGAUGACAUGGCGGGCGACGCUCUUGAUGAAUUAGAAGAUCAGAAGGGAAUCCAGAUCAUCUUGCUCGACGGCGAAGAGGCCUUCUCAUCCUGGACCGAUACCGACUCCAUCUAUGGCGCGCGAGCGCUUGCAGAGGAAUGGGAAAAUACAUAUCACCCUCCUUUGAGCACCUUCUCAACUCCGCUCGCAAGCAUGGAUCUCUUCGUUCUACUGGAUCUGCUGGGCUCGCCACCGCAGAGAGUGCCAAGCUACUACAAGACCAGUCACUGGGCCUACCUCAACAUGGCCGAUCUUGAAUCUCGUUUACGCAAGAUGGGCAGCUUCAAAUCUUCGCCUAACCACAAGUCUAAGCGCUUCUCGAACGAGCCGCGGAAGAAGGAGCCCAUGUUUCUUUACGAAGCCGACAAGAAGGACACCGAUCGGUGGACAGGCGGCUAUAUCGGUGAUGAUCACGUACCAUUCAUUGCAAGGGGUGUCGAAGUGCUUCACAUCAUUCCAUCACCAUUUCCGGAUGUGUGGCAUCACCCGGAUGAUGACGGCGAGCACCUGGACCCUGACAUUGUGGAAGACUGGGCACUAUUGACGGUGACAUUUGCGGCGGAGUGGAUGGACCUGGAGGGAUAUCUGGAUGAUGGAAAGAAAGACCGAAGGAGCGCUGAAGUGCUCAAGGAUGAAUUGAAUGGAGAGAUGACCUGA